UUGCAGUUGCAGGUUUGAUUUCUGAUAGGUUUUUGAAAAAGGAUUUGGAGUACUCCUACAAGAAGGAUUUACUCGUAGCGCUUUUACAAUGAUUCGAAAAACGUGCGUGCUAUGGAAAUACAUUUCGCCAGCUGUAUUUUCUGAGGUGGGAUUCCAUUCAGCUAAUGGAUGCAGAUAUUCGUGGAAUUCAUUGAGGAUGUCCACUAGAUGUUAUUCCAGUGAUCCAAUUUUCAAAGUUCGUAAAAGGAUUCUGUGGGACGAGCCAUUUGAACAGCAAGCGUGCAAUGAACCAGAAACAUCCUCUGCCCUACAAGAAGAUGAAUCAAAAGGAUUGGUCGAUUUGAACAACACGGAGCCAAAGACUCUCGCUGAUGCAACUAUUUUAAACCACUUACAUAUCAAAAAGAUACAGGAAACGUUGCAGCAACUUGAUGAGCAGGCAAAGCAUGAAAACUUUUUUAGAAAAAUUACUGAAAAGUGGAAUUUGAAAUUGGAACUCAGGAAGGCACGGUCAAUGCGACGUCAAGACCAAGUUAUAUAUACGAAGGAAAUGUUGGCAAAUUUGGACCGUUCUGCUGCCCAGUUGUAUUUUGAUUGCGCUAAUCGAUUUCCAUAUUUGAAGCUCUGCACCGCGCUUUGCUUACCGGACUAUCUUUCGACAUGGUAUAAGCUCACCUUGAUGCAUACCUGGAUGCUACUUGUUCGCUUGCAAUCUGUGUUAGAGGCAGCAGCUUUUAUUAGGCUCAGGAACAGCGUUAUCGAAAUUAUGUUUGGUGACGUUGAUAAACGUCUGAGAGUUGUCUCGGAAGAAUUGCACGAAAUGUUGUACCAUAAAAGUGACAGACGUCGUAUGGCCGGUUUGUAUUUACAGACAUUCCUCGAAUAUGAUGAGGGAUUUUUGUGUGAUGACACUACAUUGGCUGGUGCUUUAUGGCGCAAUCUUUAUAUGCAGCGAUCCGUAGAUCCAGUUCAUCUCAAUCGAGCAGUGUAUUAUGUGCGCGGGACGAUGGCAUACUUGGAUAGUCUCAACUUGGAGGAGAUCCUUUUACAAGGCAUCAAGAACUGGAAAAUUGCAUGUUCAGACAGGAAAUUUAGUGAUAAAAAUGCUUUUGAAGUGGCUGAGGAUAUAGCUUAUUCUUUAAUGAAGCAGAAGUAUAAGCACACCUGAAACAUGGACAACCUUUAUUACACUAGAUAAAUUUUCCUCGCGAAAAAUAUUCCACUUUUUAAUAUCUCUUUGGAUUUCCUUACAGAAAAAUUGGAAAAAGCGAGCAUAUUUCGUCAUGCUUCUGUCAUAAAUUAUUUUCUCAUGUUUUAUUUCGUGUGAACAUAUAAAUGGUAAUAAAUGGUAUGCAUUAAAAAUAUUUUAAAGCGGGAAAUUUCUUACUGUUAUGUUGCAAACUAUCUGUUAAUAUUUGGAGUAUCUAUUUCAUAAUUUAUGUGUAUUGUUAUAGAUAAUUAUCACUUUGCGAGCACCAGUUCAGGCAGUUUCAGUGUUAUUAGUGCAAUAGAAAUGUUUUUCGGUUGAAAUUAAUUGUUCAGGAUAUUAAGAUUGUGCUGGUCUAUCGUGCAUUCAUCUAAAGGGGAAUGU